UGACAAAAGGCGAAAAGGAAAUAAUACUGCAUGGUUUGGGCGCAGCUAUACAAAGGUGCUGCAACUUGGCAUUACAUCUACAGGUGUUAUUUGCUGGUACAUGCCAAAUAGAAGUAAAUACUGGCACAGUGGAUGUUGUCGAUGAUUUGGAACCCCUCACAGAUGACCUCGAUUUUGGUGCUCAAGUGAGGCACUCCUCAUCAAUUCACAUCCGCAUAUUCAGGAACGCAGUACUUGGUGCCAAUCAGUAAACAAAAAUGUUUUUUACACUCAAUGAAAUUGUGCAGUGGAUUGGAUUGACAGUGUUUGAAAUAUGGAUAAACCUAAUUACAAUAACAAUAUUUUCAGUACUCUUAGCAUUGAAGAUAGAUGGAAUUGUGAACAGUGCUUGGUGGACAGUGUUUGCCCCAUUAUUUGUGAGUGAUGCUAUGAAUGCUUAUUUCUGUUGCAUUGUAUGCAUAAGGAUGAAUUUAGAGAGUUCAUAUAAAGCUUCGUUGUAUAGAGCUUCGUGGAGUGCUAUCUUCUUAGGUCUGACAUUUGUAUUUAAGUUCUUAUUAUGUAGGAAGCUACAAGGGGACUCUGCUAUAGAGUACAGUGAAGUUUUUGCACCAUUAUUUAUUCUGUUACAAUUAAUAGCAGUAAGAGCCUGUCAGUUGCACCAGUAAUCACCUACAUUAUGUAAUGGAAAAUAAGAAACAUGUAUACUGUAUGAACUUAUAAUUUUAUUAAAUUAAUAACAAUUAA